GAUUAUCAUCUUUAGGGUAUUAAGUUUGAUCUAAGAGCUUCUUGGAGUCGUAAUUUCAUAAUGCUUAUGAUAUAGGACUAGAAAAUGGGGAAGCUCAUCUUUUUACAUUUGUUCCAAACGACGACGUAAUGAGUCGGAAACGACGAGGGCCUCUCGUUUGAGAGGGAGGUGUGGAAAAAUCAUAUCUUUGACUUGCGGUGGUGUGUCUUGUCAACCAUGGCGAAGACCGAGAAACGAUCUCUCUCUCUUUUCCCUUUCUUAUGUGUCUGUCUUCGAACAGAGUUUCCAACUCUUAAAACUCCAUUGGAAACCAAGGAAACAGAAACCAAGGUUCUUAAGAUCAAUAGCCAACUACCAAUCUAUCAAUAUGGAUACACUAAAGGUGCAAACCAUGGAGACUUGGCCUUUCUAUAACUCGGUAACUGGAGACUUGACACCCCUCAGUUCAAAGAAGGCUGCUGUGAAACUCCAAAUGUAUAAAAUUCUCGGCUUUAUUCCUAAAAAAGCACCUGAUGAUACCGCACCUGGUGAACUAGAGAUUACCUAUGUGGACGAGGAACUACGAAUAACAAGGGGUAAAGGCAACUUGCUGUUUGUAUUGAAGAUGUUCGAUCCCACUUAUCGAAUCCCUCUCUGAUCGAGAAAAUGGUUCCGAGUCAUCAUCAUACAUACCUUAUAUCUCUCUUCAAGUGUAAUGUAACAUAGUAAUAUCCAAUAAGAGAGAAUAAAAAGACGAGCUUCUUCUGUAAACGUUUAAAUGCUAAGCAACAAAAAGCACAAAACCUUAAAUGGGAUAAAUCUCAGCAAUAAAAAUAAAAAUUUGGUUGUU